UCCCCUCCCAGCUUCGGAGCCGGGGCUGCCAUGACUGCGGAGGACUCCGGCUCGCUGGCCUGGUCCAUCAACAAGGAUGACUACGAGCUGGAGGAGGUGAUCGGAAGUGGAGCAACAGCUGUGGUCCAAGCAGCCUAUUGUAGCCCUAAGAAGGAAAAAGUGGCAAUUAAAAGGAUCAAUCUUGAGAAAUGCCAGACCAGCAUGGACGAGCUUUUGAAAGAAAUUCAAGCAAUGAGUCAGUGCCACCAUCCAAAUAUAGUCUCAUACUAUACUUCUUUCGUGGUGAAAGAUGAACUUUGGUUAGUGAUGAAGCUCCUAAGUGGAGGUUCUGUUCUGGAUGUGAUCAAGCACAUUGUAGCCAAAGGGGAACAUAAGAAUGGAGUCCUGGAUGAGCCUGUAAUAGCCACAAUCCUCAAAGAGGUUUUGGAAGGAUUGGAGUACCUGCAUAAAAAUGGACAAAUCCACAGGGAUGUGAAAGCUGGCAAUAUCCUACUGGGAGAAGAUGGGUCAGUCCAGAUUGCCGAUUUCGGCGUAAGUGCUUUCUUAGCUACCGGUGGGGACAUAACACGGAACAAAGUGAGGAAAACCUUUGUGGGCACCCCUUGCUGGAUGGCCCCCGAAGUGAUGGAGCAGGUGCGGGGGUAUGAUUUCAAAGCAGAUAUUUGGAGUUUUGGAAUUACAGCAAUCGAGUUGGCUACCGGAGCUGCUCCUUAUCACAAAUACCCACCCAUGAAGGUCUUAAUGUUGACACUACAAAAUGAUCCCCCCUCCUUGGAGACAGGAGUGCAAGACAAAGAGAUGCUUAAAAAAUACGGGAAGUCAUUCAGGAAAAUGAUUUCAUUGUGCCUGCAGAAAGACCCGGAAAAGAGACCUACAGCAGCUGAACUCCUAAGACACAAAUUUUUCCAAAAAGCAAAGAAUAAAGAAUUUUUGCAAGAAAAAAUAUUGCAGAGAGCCCCAACUAUCACUGAAAGAGCCAGAAAGGUCAGGAGAGUCCCUGGUUCCAGCGGACGACUUCACAAGACUGAAGAUGGCGGCUGGGAAUGGAGCGAUGAUGAACUAGACGAAGAAAGCGAAGAGGGCAAAGCGGCAAUUUCACAGCACAGGUCUCCCAGAGUGAAAGAAUCCUUACUGAACUCUGAGCUGUUUUCAUCAGCUGAGCCAACCGGCCCUUUGCUCAACCUCCAAGAUCAGCCUGCUGCUCAACUACCUCAGCCUUCAGGUCAAGUCCCUGCACAACCUCCUGUUGCUGCCUCCGGUCCAGCUUCUCAGACCCCAGCAGCAGCUCCUUCAGCAGCACAGGUACCUCCCGCACCUACAGCACAAGAAGAGCCCAAAAUUCCAAUAAGCCUCGUUCUACGAUUAAGGAAUUCAAAAAAGGAGCUGAAUGACAUCCGAUUUGAAUUCACACCCGGAAGAGACACUGCAGAUGGAGUAUCCCAAGAACUCAUCUCGGCUGGACUGGUGGAUGGCAGAGAUUUAGUCAUAGUUGCCGCGAACUUGCAAAAAAUUGUGGAAGAGCCUCAGACGAACCGAUCGGUCACUUUCAAGCUGGCAUCAGGCGUGGAAGUGUCUGAAAUACCCGAUGACGGCAAACUUGUUGGAUUUGCUCAGCUCAGCAUCAACUAAAACAACACUCCCCGCUUAUGGUUGCAAUCCAUAGGUGCAACGUACAAAUACUCCUGUUGGCCAAAAAAAGCAAAACCAC